GUCCGAGAGUGCUGGGGACCUCUAGGAGUGCCGUGGGUGUUGGAGACCGUGAAGAACUGGCGACGGAGCGGCGGCCGGAGUCGGACUGAAGCGGUCUGAUCUCAGAAACAGUGAGAGUGACGAGUGGAGUGGUGUGUGGCUGAAGAAAAGUGGUAAACUGUGCAGGUUAUUUCCUCUGUGAGGAACAGGUCUGAGCGCGCCCAGUGAGCUUAGGACAGCGGUGAACAGCACGGUGAGAAGGUAGUCCUUCCCGUGAGCUCGUCUAUUGCCCUCUGUGAGGGUGCCCCUCAGGUCACGUGCCGGUCACGUGUCGGCAGCAGGGGUCACCGGGGAUCGGACACAGCCGCGGAGGAGCGCACCGGUGGACGGCCGGCCGAGUUGGCCGCCGUACCGAGGAGCCGCUAUUUUGAUCACCACUCGGCGCUGACCGGCGCCCGUUCGCGGGCCGCGCGGGACCGCCUCGGUCGCCCUGUCGGCCGCAGUUGCCCCCAUGACGGGCCGUCCGCGGCGCGUCUACUCCCGCUCGCGCACCACCGCGCUGGCCGGUCCCAUGGAGACGGAGCGGAGCGGCCCGGCGGCCGGCGGCGUGCUGCGCACCGGUCUGUCGCUGCUGCAACAGCUCACCGCCCGCGUGCGCUCGGCCUCGGUGGUCGACGGCGAGGCGCAGGGCUCGCCGCCGCUGGCCCGCUACCGGCCAGAGUUCCGCAGCGACGUGCACUACCACCCGCUGGUGUACAAGUACGCCCAGCUGGACCGGUCCGGCCUGGAGACGGCCAGCAAGGUGGCCCGCUGGGAGGAGAAGUACGGCCGAAAGCCGGCCGCUGGCGCUGAGGCGGGCAACCAGGAGGUCACCGCGCAGCCGACAGCGCCCCGGCAGGACGCCAGCGGGGCGCCGGAGCGCGGCUGGCCCGAGCAGCUGGCCUACGGACCGCUGUACGACGCCUACGAGCGGUCCAGCUCGCGCGCCUCGUGGCGGGAGACCGGUCGCACGGCGGCUGACGGCGCGGAGAAGGAGCGCAGCUCGACGCUGACCGGCUCGACAGCCUCCAGCGCCGAGUCUCCGUCCACGCCGCAGUGGUGUGAGAGUGCCGUCUACGAGCCGUGCGCGGCCCGAGCGCUGGACACCCAGCACCGCGGCCGAGAGCACCGGCCCAGUCCGUCCGAGCCGCCGCAGGCUCCGCCGACUCCCGCCCGGAGAGACUCGCGCCGAAAGGAGUCCCUUCAGGAGACGGUGACGGCGUGCCGGCCGGAAUCCCGUAAGGAAUCGCUGCAGGAUUCGUCGCGGGAGUUCCAGCGGGGACCCUGUGACGACACGACACGUGUCAGUGCUCCCGACACGAGGGGCCGCUCUGAUGCGGCGCACGGGCCGGCCGGGGGCGAACCCACGCUCGGCGCGCACGCAGACGGGGCGGCGCCGGCCGUGCGUGGGGAGUGCCCCGCGCCGCCGCCGCCGCCGCCGCCGCUGGUGUCUGGAGCGGGGCCCGAGCGGCAGUCGGCCGGUCACCGGCCCACACCGACCGACAAAGACGCCGCCGACCGCACGUGCGGCCGCCGAGACGAGCCGACCAGCCGGCCGACGGACGGCUCCGGGGGACAGUCGGCGCCGAUCACCACCGGAGACGAGACGGUCCCGCCGCUACGCAGGGGCAGCAGCAAACUGGUGCAGCCGGCGACACAGGAGAGUACCGAGAGGCCUGUUAGCAGAGAGGAAGUGAUAUCGAGUCCGCGUGGCCGCCGUCGAGGACAGGCGCAGUCUGGAUCGAUUUCUAAGUCAACGUCUGCCGCCAGUGAGAAAGCUACGUUAAAAGAGCGGCUUUUCAGUCCGUUUUCGUCGAAAAAGAAGCUGAGUGUUUAUAACGCUGAUAAAAAGGCAGAAGACAAGCAAGACGAGUGCAAGAAAAAUCUCACCGAAUUGCUAGUGUCAGCAUCAGGUGUUGCUGCCCAACCAGUUGACUGUACAGUUGCCGAAUUGCAGGCUAGAACUAUUGAAAAACGAAACCCGGUGUUGAAGAAAGUCGCCUCCGAGGACUCGACCAUGGUGAACGACAAGCGGAAGCCACUGAACGGAUCCCUUCCGGACGAGUACCUCCUGCACCGAGCGCUGGACAAGCUGGACCGGCUGCAGAUAGAUGACGGCAGUCCUGUCAGUCCCAAGACGUCUCGGCGGCGUCACGAUGCGCCCGAGCUCGCGCAGUCCACCGAUGAUGACGAUACCAGCAGACGUAGUGACAAGGAGGACCGCAAGCGCAAGCUGUUCCGCUUCAGACCCUCGCUCUUUAGCCCGUCCAAAGACGAAGCUGCCAAGCCGACCGUGCCCGAGGGUGUCACCCUCCGCAGCCGACCGGACGGCGCCUCUGGUGACCCCCUCUCGGCCCUGAAGCGCUCCUCGUUCCACCUGGAGAGCAACAACAACGAGUCUCGCUCGCUGCACAGCUCGUUCCACGGCGGCGGCCGCGCCCUAAUGCCCCUGCAGAAGUCAGCCUCGGCGGUAAUCCGGCCCUCCACCCGCGACACGGCCGCCUCUAGGCUCCGGCUCAACGACUACGAUCCAGCGUUCGGUAUCUACUCGCGCGUGGACGGCGUGCGCAGCCCCGUGGCCGGGCAACACGCCGAGCCGGGUCCCGCGGGCGGCGCCGUCACCGGCGGAGGCGGCGUGAGCUCCAGGCUCGACGACGUCUACUUCGGAUCGGCGUCGGCGCGACGGUACCGCCGGAUCCGAGAGGAGGCCAAGACGCGCGGCGGCCGCCCGAACGCCGUGGUCAAGACGACGUCCUCGAAGGUGGAGGCUGCGCUGCCGUCCGUCUGCUGCGCGCCCGUGCUCAGCGCCAACAGGGCCAAGCUGCUCAAGGCAAACAGCCCGUUCGCACGCGUGUCGCAGGACCACGUAGAAGAUGAUGAGGACGGGCACCUCAUCUACCGCAAUGGGGACGUCAUCCAGAGCAGAUAUCGGAUUCUGUCCACGCUCGGUGAGGGCACGUUCGGCAAGGUCGUCAAAGUCAAGGAUCUCGAAAAAGACAGGGUGAUAGCGUUGAAGGUGAUUAAGAACGUGGACAAAUACCGCGAGGCAGCCAAGCUGGAGAUCAACGUACUGGAGAAACUCAACGACAAGGACCCAUACGGCAGGCACCGGUGUGUGCUGAUGUUGGAGUGGUUUGACUACGGCGGACACAUCUGCAUCGCUUUCGAGAUACUCGGACUCAGCGUGUUCGAUUUCAUGAAGGAGAACAGCUACCAGCCGUACCCGCUGACCCAGGUGCGCCACAUCGGCCUGCAGCUGUGCCGAUCCGUGGCGUUCAUGCACGACACGCGGCUGACGCACACCGACCUCAAACCGGAGAACAUUCUGUUCGUCAACUCCGACUACGACGUCACCUACAGCCCGAGAAAGAAACGGGACGUACGCGUGGUGCGGAGCUCGGACAUUCGUCUGAUCGACUUCGGGAGUGCCACCUUCGACCAUGAGCACCACAGCACGGUGGUGUCGACACGGCACUACCGGGCGCCCGAGGUGCUGCUUGAGCUGGGCUGGUCACAGCCGUGCGACGUCUGGAGUAUUGGCUGCAUCCUGUUCGAGCUGUAUCUGGGCCUGACGCUGUUCCAGACGCACGACAACCGCGAACAUCUGGCCAUGAUGGAGCGUAUCCUCGGCCCAAUACCGUACAGAAUGAGCCAGCGCUCCAAGACCAAGUACUUUUAUCGGGGACGGCUCGACUGGGACGAGAAGAGCUCGGCGGCCCGCUACGUCCGAGAGAACUGCAAACCGCUCCGGCGGUACAUGCAGAGCUCUGACCCGGAGCACGUGCAGCUGUUUGACCUGAUCCAGAGGAUGUUGGAGUAUGAACCGAGCCAGCGGAUCACGCUGCGUGACGCCAUCCGGCACCCGUUCUUCGCCAAGCUGGAGGAGGGCCGACGAAUGAACGGCUACCAGUGAGCCGGCGGCGCCCGUCCAGGACACUCCGGCAAGCCCGUGCUUCCCUGAACGUCCCGACACUCCGAAACUUCCGCCGGUGACGACGGCUGAUCAUCUGUACGACGCAGAACGCACUCUUCGAGAGCGCAAAACGAAAGGCUUCCUCGAGCUGGUCAGGAUAUGUGAUAGGUCUGUGAGUGUCCCUGUCUGAUAUUAAGAGGCAGAUCGCUUUGUGACUGUAUCUGCGGUUCUAUUGGGCGUCUUCCAUCCGUGCGGGCUCCCAGUCGGUGGCGGGCGAGAGGUGACGGGCCGUGUCGGACGGAGUGUCCCACGGACGGCCGGUCAGCGGCUUUCCUGCGCUCCAGUGGCGCGCCGACAGUGAUAAAUGUAGAUAACUGCGCCGGCGGCUGGGCGGUGGCGGCGGUUAGCGCGGCCAGGGGCCGUGACAGACCUGUCUGCCCAUGCCGGCCCGUCACGCGGUCAUCGAUGGCGCCCAGAGUCGAUCGCCCAGGUGUCGACCCGUCCGCCCAGCCGCGCCGUUAGUGAUGACCGACUAGUCGUAAACCCUGUGAGCCGGCGAGGUGUGCCCCGGACCAGCUGCCGGGCACGCCUAGCCGGCUAGUCUGUGCCAUUUUAUACUUCGCCACGAGUCGUCUCGUGGUGGGCUGAUGUCGCGCCUUCAGUGGUCUUGUUUUGUGCCCGGUUGUGUGUGGAGAUGUGUGCUACUAACCUGUAACCUGCCAGUCAAAAUGGGUGUUUGUGGGAGGAGCGAACCGUCCAAUGCAUAAUACUGCAUCUGAUCUGCUUGAGAGCUUUGUGUGGUUGUGUGUCGCAUGUUUUUUUUUAAUUUAAAUGGUUGGCUUUGUAGGAGCGCCUGUUUGAGUGCCAAGUGUGCACUGCCAGGCUUUACCAGCCCUAUCGCCGAAGUCUGUGCAAUGGCCGACUCCCCUGUGAUGAUCAAUGCGUGUUACUUCGAGCUUUGUCGCGUUCACUGCCCGCUGGAUGUGGUAAAACACGGCAUAUUUACUGUCUAACUAGAAAUAUUAAACGUUGCCUUAUCUGGAAUGGCGUACGGGCUUGGGUGACAUGUUUGUAUUUUCAGAAUUGUGAGCUUGAGAUUUAUCUGCUGAGAAACCCAUUUGACCCAUUUGAUUCUACGAUAUAUCGUAUAUCUCGUUCUUGUUGUGCGGCCUGGAGAUUUUACACUUAUCCCCCCCCCCCCUCCCCCCAAACUAUGUUCGCUUUUCACCUUCGCUCGCCUGUUGGCCUGCCGAGCCCUGGAUCCAGAGUGGCAUCGACAAUUUUGUAACGUUCCCUUUGUUCACACGGCACAUCACGCCGUCAUAUUAAAUCAGAGUCCAUCCGGUGGGCCACACGUAUCUCACGUAGCAGUUCGUGACCGGGUAUGGUGAUUUCAUGUCGAGUCCCCAUCCUUUGUCCCUGACGCGACCUCUACAAGUGUCAGCAGCCAGGGCGAGAGCCACGUGAUCGAAAUGAUAGCUGUGUAGGUAGUGGCGUGAACGGCUCUUACUGAGUGAAAUCUUUGAUAGCUGCGUCUGGCGGCGGAAGUGAGAAGUUUUGACAAUUAUUUGACCGAGGUUUUACCCCCUACGGAGGGCAUUGUGUGCUGUUCGACGUAUGUAGCGAUCUGGUGCUGUGCUUCUGUGAGCUGAGGGUUGACUGGGGCCGGCCGGCCGAGCGGUGUGUGUGGCCCUGGUGACGGUCAGUCCCCGGCCUGUCCCACCGCACGACAGACAAGGUGCCCCACUGGGCACCGUCCUGUCCUAUCUGACGGUAAUCCCGUGAUGGUGCGGCGGGACGCCGGUCCUGUGUUGUGGGUGAGCAACGACGAAAUACAAUGUGAACAGAACGAG